GCAUGAAGGUUUUUUUCUUUUACAGCCACAUCACUUCCGCAAUUCCCGAACAUCAACAAAAAGGACUCGGGCUGAAGAAACUUCAAAAGUCUUUCAAUGUUUUCCGGAGUACCAAAGGGGGAGAACGUUCUGGUGGACAUGGACAGUAAGGGUGGAGAUCUGUUCAGUGCUGAGGACGCUCAUCCAACUGGAACAGGAGGAACUGGAGUGCUGUCAAGGCUCUGGCUUCCUAAAGGCAUCUCAGCCAGCGUGGCCAAAGAGUGGUUUGACAGGCGCAGGCUGUCCAUUCGACCGUGGGCCAGUUUUGUCGACCAACGCAAGUUUUCAAAGCCUCGGAAUUUUGGCGAGUUGUGUCAGAGGGUGGUGAAAAAUGUGGAAGUGUACAACAGCAACUAUACCUUCAUAUUCCUCGGCCUCAUCCUCUACUGCAUUAUCAGCUCACCCAUGCUGCUGAUUGCUUUAGCCGUGUUUGCCGGCGCCUUCUACAUAAUCCACCUCAAGUCUUUGGAGUCCAAACUGGUUGUUCUUGGCAAAGAGCUAACUGUUCCUCAUCAGAUGAGUCUGGCUGGACUCGUCUCUCUGCCUGUGUUCUGGUUGGCUGGAGCUGGAGCUGCAGUGUUUUGGGUUCUUGGAGCCACGCUGUUUGUGAUCGGGACUCACGCUGCGUUCCGGGAGCUGGAGUCUUCGGACUUUGAUGAACUCCUCAUGGAGCAAGUGUAAAAUUCCAGUUGAUCUGUCAGCGAGUGCUUGUUAACGAUCAGUCAUCUGUUUGACCCUGUGAUUGAGUCAACCUUCGAGGGUUGUGGGGAACAACUGCUCUGAGAUCUGUUUCUUUGCUUUAAAUGUGUCCUGUAUUCCUUGUAUUUAUCUGAGGGCAUUGUACCAAGAAAAAAACCUUACCUUGCAUGAUAAAUAAAUGUUACUCUCAUUCACACUCAUACUCUGCUACUAUAUACACAAAUAAUGAGUGUCUUCAUCAUUAAAGCACAUUACUUGUCAGAUUAAAUGCCUUUGCAAAUUUUGAACCCGGGAUGCCUCUGCUUUGUGAUUUGUGAGCUACCCCUUAACUGUUUAACGAUACACCUGUUAUAUAUUUUACAAUUCUGCUUGAAAACCUCUGGUAAUGACUCGUUUCUACUGAUCAAGUGCCAUUUAAAAUUGUAUGUCUGAACAUUAUGCUCAAGUUUGUUUUUAAUAGAAGAAAAUGCAGAAGUCCAUUUGAUUUUUAUUUUAUUAUUGGCAUUUUGUGUUGGAUAUGUUGCUGAUUGCAUAUUUAUUAAAUCUGCUUGGAACAUUCAGGUCUGAAAGGUCAUGGAAAGUAGUUUAGAAGUUCAUUACUUGUUUCACAUUCGAUGGAAAUUGAGUGUUUUGUAUAUGAAUUUUGGAAGUGCAAUAAACUCUUUGUUACUGACAA